CACUGUCAUUUGUACCGAAACCACGUAUCGCGGGACACGCCGUCGGGAAUCACACGUUUUUACCACCAUGAACCAUCUGUUGCUGAUUGUCGCCAUCCCAGUACUCGCCACCGCAUUCGCCGCUCACGUUCAAUAUCCCCGACAGACUUCGUCACUGCUGUACCCGGUUCAAAGCAAACGGAUCCGAACACAAGAGAAAAUCAUUACAGACUGUAUGACCGUGUGGUCCGAAGAGGGCCACCUGUACUACAAAUCGACGACCAACGAUCCGACCGUGUGCGGCAUUUACAUAGUAGCGAAACCCGAGCAGACGGUCCACGUUUACUUCGAUUACGUAGACGUACCCUGCAACACCGGCGGUUUAAUAGCGUUUGUGGACGGAUGGGAACUCAACGGACAGCUGUUUCCCAACGAACAAGAUCAUCCGAAAGAGAUGAACGAUCGUUUCUUCGAGAUGUGUGGGACAAAAAAACACAAACAGAUAUUGAAAUCGUCGCAGAACGCUGCUUUGAUACAAUACCGAGUUCCACGUAGAGGCAACGGAUUCAGCUUUUAUGUAUCGUUCAUCGACAACCCUACCCCUUGCAACAUACUUUUGGCCGACAUCGCUGAAGUGUACACGCUGAGGAAUUACGGAAAACCGGUGAAUUGCAGUCUGACGAUGUUGUAUCCGGCUCAGGUGAAAAUCUUGGCGUUGGGCGUCGGCCUUGGACACGAGCAGAAGAGGACGUUAACGGAACGCGAGACCGGCACGAUUCAUAAGUGUGACAAACGAGGGCUGCCGGAUUUCGUUCAAGUCGGCGGUGGAGAUGGUUUGGCCCAGUUGUCUAUGGUUGAUUCGAUUUGCGGCACGAACUCGGAACCAGAAAAUGCCGUGGAGACGAUUAUGUGUGGCGUGACCACUGUAAGACUUGUAUCGAGUGGACAAUUUCACAACGCCGUCACAGUGGCCGUGACUACACCCGACGUCGAAGCUACGCCGUCAUUAGUGUGCGAGCCGUAGGAACAGACGUGUAACAAAUUAAAAAAUAAGCAAACUAACUCAGAAAUCCCUCUCCUCCGAUAAAAUACAUAUUAUUGUAACGAUCGAUUAUUUGUUUUCGCCUUUAUAAUAAUAUUAUCAUGUCUUCAAUGUCCGAUAGAAAAUAUUAUGAUACCCAUAGGUAAUAU